AUGUUGCUUAUGCGGUUGAAGGAUUUAUGCGUUGAGAUUGGAAGCCUGUCGUGGUGGCUUGCGAGGGUUUUGCUUCUUCAACAGAGAGUUUUGGAUGGACGGUCUUCGUCCUUGUCUGAUCUCUUGCAUGUCUAUAUGAGUGAGUCUUUGCAGAAAUUCGGCACUUCAGAACUAGUUCAGAGUUAUUGGGAAGAUGGUUUACGAGAUGGAGAGAGCUUGGAUAUUGCCUCCAUACUUCAUUUAGAGGCUGGCAUUAUGGAAUAUAGAUAUGGACGAGUUGACUCUUGCAGGAUGCAUUUUGAGUUAGCUGAGAUGGCAGCUGGGCUUCAGCUUUCAGUUACUGGGGUACUCGGUUUCCGUACUUUACAUCAGGCAGAACCAAAGGCACAGAUGGUACUUGUUACAAACACAAAUACAUCAAAUGUGGAUAACUGUUCCUUAAAGGGUACUGGUAUCCAAACACCUGAUUCCAACAAUGGUGAAGAUAACUGGAAUUUGCAUCAGUGUGAAACCUCUGAAGUAUCUGACAUACUUAGAAUACCAAAGUUGUUAGAGAACGAUGACUCUAAAACUAAGCCAGAAGGCAUGGAAAAUGGUGCCCCUGUUAGUCCAAAUUUAACAGCAAUACAACAAGCUGUAAUUCUGGCAUAUUGUGUUCUAAUAGAGAAGAGCUCUCGACAUGAUGAAUUGCAGCGUAGGUGA